CUGUUGCCUCAACUGAAGCAAACUCCUAUAGAGGAGAAACGGCAGACACAGCGCAGCCUGAGAGCCGGCUAUAGGGACGUGUACACACAGGGAGAAGAGAGGAGGCAUUGUGCUGACAAGAAAGCGGCUGGAGCCGAGCGACAGGAGGAGGCGACGGGAACUAGACAGCAGCCCGGCCACUGUGCUCCACAGCCCUGCUGAGGGGAGACGAGUGCCCUCCCAUCUGUGCUUGUACAUAGACUGCGCGGGAGCCUGGGGAGAGCGUACCACCACAGUCACCCGGAGGGGAGAGCUCGUGUCCCCCCUCGCACCCCCCGCUCUUUAAUGUGAUCGUCGUUCAUGUGUGUGGACACUCGGGGGCGGAAGAAGGAAAGUGCGGCUGUUGGUCUGGGCGCCGGUGAAGUUUCGUCGUUCUCCGCUGCUGGGGCUGCAGCCUCGCUCGUGCCCUCCACACGUCCAGCUUUCCGUCAUCCUCAUCAUUACUGGUGUUAGCGCUCCUCUUCCCUGAGAGAUUGGAUAAUGGUGGGGGAAAUGGAAACAAAGGAAAAACCCAAGCCGACCCCAGACUAUCUGAUGCAGCUAAUGAACGACAAGAAGCUCAUGAGCAGCUUGCCCAACUUCUGCGGGAUAUUUAACCACCUGGAGCGGCUCCUGGAUGAAGAGAUCAGCAGAGUACGGAAAGACAUGUACAACGACACGUUAAAUGGCAGUGGCAACCCUGACAGACGAUGUGCCGAAUUGCCAGAUGGCAUUGGACCUAUUGUACAGUUACAAGAAAAACUUUAUGUGCCUGUAAAAGAAUAUCCAGAUUUUAAUUUUGUUGGACGUAUCCUUGGACCCCGAGGACUAACAGCUAAGCAAUUGGAAGCAGAAACUGGAUGCAAGAUUAUGGUUCGAGGCAAAGGCUCAAUGAGAGAUAAGAAGAAGGAGGAACAAAAUAGAGGAAAGCCAAACUGGGAGCAUCUGAAUGAAGACCUGCAUGUACUGAUCACAGUAGAAGAUGCCCAAAACCGAGCAGAAAUUAAAUUGAGAAGAGCAGUGGAAGAAGUGAAAAAGUUAUUGGUUCCUGCAGCUGAAGGAGAAGACAGUUUAAAAAAAAUGCAGUUGAUGGAACUGGCCAUACUGAAUGGCACUUACAGAGACGCCAACUUAAAAUCACCAGCCCUUGCCUUUUCUCUUGCAGCGUCAGCUCAGGCCCCACGGAUUAUAACUGGGCCUGCGCCUGUACUGCCCCCAGCUGCUCUGCGUACACCUACGCCAGGUGGCCCUACCUUAAUGCCUUUGAUCAGACAAAUACAGACAGCCGCUGUCAUGCCAAAUGGAACCCCUCAUCCAACUGCUACACUAGUCUCACAGGGACCGGAAGCUGGCUUGAUCUACACACCGUAUGACUACCCUUAUACACUGGCCCCAGCAACAUCAAUCCUUGAGUAUCCUAUUGAAACAAGCGGGGUAUUAGGUGCGGUGGCAACUAAAGUUCGAAGGCAUGAUAUGCGAGUCCAUCCUUAUCAAAGGAUUGUGACCGCAGACAGAGCCGCCACCGGCAACUAACCUAUGACCUUCUGACCUCUGAAUUCUUCACCCAAUGAUGACCUGACCAUGCCUGCCUGCUGAUCAGUUAACUGGUAAACGCCUCUGCUUGCCUGUCCUCAGUGCAGCAAGCUGAGGCUCUUGUCCGUUCGUCUUACCAUCUAACAAAAGACACAGAAAAAUGGUUAUCUUCCAACUCAACAUUUUUGCAUUUGUUUUUCUUUCCCUGAUUGGGUGAAAGUGAUUAUAGUAUCUGCACUGAAUUGUAGUAAAGCAAUAAGGUCCAAUUCAACCCGUCGCACUGAUCAUAUUCUAGUGUCCUAACCAAACGAACGGUAUCAAGGCUUCACCUACAGUACUGGCAAGACAACUGAUCCUCAACUACCAAUGACAGAGGCAGUUACUGUGAGAGACUCCUAGGGAACUCUAUUUUGUUUGUUUUUUCUCUCGUAUAGUGAAGUAUAAAGCUGAAUGUACUGUGUUGUGAUGAUGCAUCAUGCAUGAACCUGAUUGGUCAGGGAUUUCACUGGUGAAGUGAUUUUAUAUAUUUAAAAAAAUAUUAAAAUGAUCAAUUACUCUAGUCGCUACAGUACCCUCACAGUGUCAACUUUGCAGUUUCUUUUAUUUGUGAUGAUCACCUGCCAAAUUUAUUAAACUUAUAAGGGUGCCAUGACAUUAAGUUGUAAACUUUUUACCCUGCUAUAAAAAUUAAUACUGCAGCAUUAUGUGCACACAAAUUUUGUGAUGCAAUUAAUAAAAUGUUAGUCACAAAGCCUCAAAUAUUAAAAUAUUUUAACAAGGUACAUGCAUUAUGUAUCACAUUACUGGGCAAACUGUUCAAAUAUGUUUUACACCUCCCUGUAUAGAAAAAAAAUAAUUUAAGGAUGUAAAAGCCAUGCUUGCCUAUUUGCUGUAUAAUUGUAUUGAAAUUGUAGAUACAAGUGUAGUGCGUUGAAAACAUGAACAAAAAGUAGAUACUUUUACUAUACAAGGGUGCUGGUGCAGAAAAAAAUAUAUUUUUGGAAAUGUAGCAUUUUAUACUUUCAAGUGUUAUAAAAAAAAAAGGAAAAACAAAAAAAAAUUAAAAAACAACCCUCUAUUGCAUUGAAUGCUUUUGUUUUGGUGGUAGUCAAGGAAUAAGACCAAAAAAGAGCCUUUUUGUCUCUUUGUUUUUCUCCUUCACCUUUUUUCUCUUUCUUUAGUUUCAAUAUCUGUGUCUAAAGAAAAGAAAGUGCCUUAUUUUUCUCCAUGGUCAUUUAGUCCUGUGUUUUUUUUUUUUUUUUUUCUAGGUUUAUUCCUUUUUAUUUACGUCACGGUCAAUUGGCCUUUAGCAUGUUGCCAAGCAAGUUUGGAUAGGCCUCAAGCAGUAUGAGAAAUUCUAAAAUUCCGUUAAGCUGUAUAAUUCAGUCGCCCAGUACAAUAUUGUAUUAAGAACUUAACUGAUUGCCACAAAAAGCUUUUCAUAAGUCAUAACUUUGUUGCCUGUACCUUAUGCCAACUACAUUUUAGUAUUGCCAAUCUCCUGUGUCUAUUGAACAGUUUUGUAAAAUGUUGCUGCAUAUGUAACAUUCUUAAGUAAUUUUGUUCUGUUACAAAUGUGGCAAUUUUCUGAGGUAUUUGUUCCCAGUAUUGUCAGCCCUGCCCUCUGUGUAGUGUAUUAUGCAGUCCCAAUUAAAGGUCAGCACUCAAGCCUAGAGCUUUUAGAUUUCAAGCACCUUUGUGGUGACCUAGUCUCCCAUCUCACUGGAACGAAUUCUCAGUUGAUUUACUAUGCAACAGACAUUCAUGCUUUCCUAGUCAACAUCUACCUUUUUAAUCCCCAUGCCACCAGCUUUGUCUUCCUGGUCAAUAUAUACAGUAUAUCAGUUUAUUUUUGUUUCUUCCCUUUCCAGGGAAUGGUUUUGAACAAUUUUGAAACACUUUUUUGCAUUUAGAGAGAUCAAACCGUUUAAAAAUCAGUAUUUGAUCCAGAUUCAUCUCAGUUGUGAUAAACCUGGACCAUUUAUUCUUAGAUGACUUUAGAUUUUUUUUUGGGAGAGGUGGAUAGUGUGAAAGUCUAUUAAAUAGACUUAUGUGAGUCAGAAUUGCUAUGAACAAACUUAGGAACAAAUAGGUCAACUUUAAUAUAAAAGACUAUUGAAAUCUCUGAAUGCCUUUUGAUCUCAGUAUUAUGAUUUUUAUGUUUUCUUUAUAAUUAGUUUUUUUCAGUCUUUUUUUUUUUCUUUGACAGUAUUAUAUAUUUUAUUUUUUCGAGUGUUUAGAUGGGGAGUGUCGCUGAUAUGUAACCGUAUAGAUGAAACGUAUUUGUCUAUUCUUUAUAACCUUAGUAGUUUCAUGCUAUGUAUGUAUCAUAACCAACCUUUGCCUAAAAUGUAAAAUAAUGUAUUUACAGCCAUUGUUACAAGUUUAUAAUGUAUUUUUCUAUCUUGUUUUAUAUGUAUGUUAUAUAACAUUCAAAUGGAACUUUUCCUGAUUGAGAAAAAGGAUACAAAAUGCAAACCCCACAAUUUUGAUAACUAAAAUUGCCAAUUGUUUUGCAGUACUUUAUUAUAUUGGGAGUGUUGUCUUUCUUGGCUUCUAGUUAGCGACUGGAUGACAUUAGACAUACUGGGUUUUAGUUGGGUUUUUACAUGGCUUGCAUUUUAAUUCUUUGGUUCUUUGCUGUUUCUUAUUAACCCCAUAGCAUUAUUUUAAUAAAUGUUAUAAUACCAAGAUACUAACUCUGGACUUUGUCUGUUUAUUAACAUUGUAUGUUUUAUUAAGGUAUGAUCUAGAAAGACAACAAGAAUGUAAAGUCUUGGGUUAGACACUAACACUAAAGAGCGUGACCACAGAUAACACUGCAUUACUUUUUGUCGGCUUUUAAUAUUGUUUGUCGGCUGACCUUCUGCACAUUACUUUUAAAUAUAGCUUGAUCAACCUGGCCUUAUGUAUUGCCAGUAUGUGCCAGUAGAGAUGGGAACAAAAUGUUUUUCACUAGGCAUAGUGUCUUGCCACUUGCCUUUCCAGCCUUUGCAUUACUAAUGCCACACUCUCCUUCCUUGUUGCUCUCUGCAAGUCAAGUGAGUAUUUUUGUCUCCUCUGAAAUAACAUACUCGCAGAAGUGCUUUUUAGCUCCUCACACUAGUUUUACUCAACUUUUUAAUAUUAAAUAUCUGACAAUGAAAUCAUUCUGAUUGGUCCUCACAUAUUGCACACUUUCAGGCACUAAACACUGCAGUCUUGAGAAAAACAAAUAUGUCCUAUGACAUAGGACAUACUAAAUAAAAUCUAGUCCUUAGAAGGCCUUACAAUUAGGUAAAUACAACCUGAGACAACACGCAACAGAUCCCAUUGUGUCCUUAUUUAUUCAACAAAAACGAAAGCGCCAUGUGAGAAAUGACUCAUUGUCCUGGAGGAUUUUAUGACCCCUCUUUACAACUUGGUUCAGUUUAUUGAGUUCGGUGGGCAUUUUUUUAUGCAUAUCUCUCUUAGUGUCACACCACAGCAUUUCAAUUGGAUUGAGGUCUAGACUUUGACUGCAGCAUUGCAGCAACUCUGUUCUUUUUCAGCCAUUCUGUUGUAGGUUGGCUGAUGUUGUGGAGAUCAUUGUCCUGUUGCAUGACUCCUUUUCCCGCCAGGCUUAAGCAGUUGGUUAGAUGACCUCACAUUUCACUACUUUGGUAUGCAGAGUGGUUCAUGGUUGACUCAUUGCGCUUUGGCUGCAACCCAAACAUCACUCUUCCACCACCAAGAUUUACAGUUGGCAUGAGGUGUUUUUUCUGAUAUGUUGUAUUUGGUUUUCUCUAAAGGUGGCACUUUUUUGACAUCUGUCCAAAAAACAUUUUUCCGGAAGUUUGAUUGUUCAGAUGCAGCUUUUGCAAACGUAUACAGUGCUGCCAUGUUUUUCAAAAGAGGCUUUCUCCUGGCAACCCUUCCAAACCAGCCAAACUUGUUCAGUCUUUUUCUAAUUGUACUGUCCUAAACUUUUGUCAUGCAUCAGUCACGUGACAAAAAAAGUAUGACUACAUUGCGACGUGUCGCGGGACCUAAAGGCACCAAAGUCACGCAACAUUUUAUAUAAUGAUGCGACAGGUUGGAUGCAUUUUUUGUGAAUCAUGUCGCAGUCAUAGCAUGUCUCUGUGCGCCACUAUUAAGGGCACAUGCACGCGGCCGUUGCCCGGCCUGCAAACAGCGGGUCCGCAAUAUGUGGGCAACGGCUGUGUGCUUCCCGCAUCACGAAUGCGGACUGAUUCACUUAAAUGGGUCUGCAAUCUGGAGCUGCUGUACGAAACGGAGGCACAGAAGCACUACUAGAAGCAGAAUGCGUCCCCAAUGCAAUGAAUGGCCACACAACGGCCAUGUGCAUGAGGCCUAACUAUUAUUAUAAAAAUUGUUGCCCGACUUUUCUGCGACAACUUGUGAAUUUAAAUUUUCAUCAAACAGCGUAGCUUUUGAUAA